AUGAUUAAAUCUUCAAUUGCUCUACCUACUUUCUUCGUUGUUUUGAUUUUGGCGUUGGUCAAUUCGGUGCAUGCAUCUUCCGGUUAUGCUCCAGUUGCUAUCACUUUGCCUGCAUUCAGCAAAGAAUGCCUCUACUACGAUAUGGCUUCCGAAGACGACUCUCUGGCCGUGGGUUACCAAGUCCUGACUGGUGGUAAUUUCGAGAUCGAUUUUGACAUCACUGCUCCUGACGGAUCUGUGAUUACUAGCGAAAGGCAAAAGAAAUAUUCCGAUUUCCUAGUAAAAUCAUUUGGCGUGGGCCAGUACAGCUUUUGCUUCUCCAAUAACUACGGUACAGCUUUGAAAAAAGUCGAAAUUACGUUAGAGAUGGAGAAAUCACUGACUGAUGCAUCCGCACCUGAAAUGAACAAUGAUGAUAUUAUUGCCAACAAUGCUGUAGAGGAAAUCGACAGAAACUUGAACAGGAUAACCAAGGCCCUAAAUUAUUUGAGAGCUAGAGAAUGGAGAAACAUGUCUACCGUCAACUCGACCGAAUCGAGAUUGACAUGGUUGUCUAUACUGAUUAUGAUCGUCGUCGUCGUUAUAAGUGUUGCUCAAGUCCUACUCAUCCAAUUUCUCUUCACUGGUCGUCAAAAAAAUUACGUCUAA